UAUUCAAGUAAACGCAAUUUUAAUAAACUUAGCUAAGGCUUCAACAGCAACCGAGUGAUUCGAUAUACAUGUAUAAUCUACACACCCAAUCGGCUGUCUUCUACUACACCAAGGGCCAAAGGAAGUCCAUCAAACUGAACUAUGGCGGCCACAGCUAUGUGAAGUUCAUGGAGAACAGUCGCGGCACCAAGUGGAUCUGCGCCACUCGCUCCACUACCAAGUGUCGCGCACGCGUCCGCACCAAAGGUGAGACUCUGGAAGUGCUGCACGGCCCACACAAUCAUCAGAUCUGCCGGCGACAUAGCGAACGUGCCAAACAAUGACAAACUGCCAGCCAAUCUUAAGUCGAACGAAAUAUAUAGGAAUCCGAUUUCUACAUGAACAAAUGUCUAUAUUUUAUAAAGCCUGUUUAUACGAGCUGAGAAUAAGAAUUAGGAUAAGCCAAGAAGAAUAUACAUACAUAUAUCGGAAUCUAUAAAUAUAUAUUGUGCAAUGUGAACCCAAGACAAGUCAACAAUUGAGAUUAGAAUGGAGAGAUAUAUGUCCUACUUUUCUUACUGAAAAUAUAUUUUAUUUAAAGUUCACAA